AGACGUCGGACAAACACCUGAUGGCCCCCUAAAGUGGAGUGGGCACUUACUGCUGCUAGUGGAAGAGGUUAGGCUUGGGCAUAUCCCCACACGCCAAUACAAACCCAUAUCUCAUCUCUAAAACUCCUCAACCAAACCAAAACCCAACUAGCAAUGGCAGCAACUGCCAACGCUUCAUUCCUGCAGCUAUCCUCUACUGCCGUUUAUGGCAGUUUCCGAACUAGUGAUUUCACGUUUUUGGGUGUCUCAAAGCCUCCUUCAUUUCCCUACCAAAAACUAACAACCUCUGCUGCCAUCAGAUGUCAGUCCACCAGUACCGAUGAACCAAAAGCUAAAAGGAAUCUCUUGGAUAAUGCAAGCAACCUUCUUACUAAUUUCCUAAGUGGGGGAAGUCUUGGUUCUAUGCCUGUAGCUGAAGGUGCUGUUUCUGAUUUGUUUCGUCAACCUCUCUUCUUCUCUUUGUAUGAUUGGUUUUUAGAGCAUGGCUCUGUAUAUAAACUUGCUUUUGGGCCAAAAGCUUUUGUUGUUGUAUCAGAUCCUAUUGUUGCAAGGCAUAUUCUUCGAGAAAAUGCAUUUUCCUUCGACAAGGGAGUUCUUGCUGAUAUACUAGAACCAAUAAUGGGCAAAGGACUUAUACCUGCCGACCUUGACACAUGGAAACAAAGGAGAAGAGUUAUUGCUCCUGGGUUCCAUGCAUUAUACUUGGAAGCUAUGGUCAAAGUAUUCACUGAUUGUUCAGAACGAACAACACUGAAAUUUGAAAAGCUUCUAGAUGGAGAGCAUUCACGUGGAGGAGAGGCAAUUGAGUUGGACCUUGAAGCAGAAUUUUCAAGCUUAGCUCUUGAUAUUAUUGGACUUGGUGUCUUCAACUAUGACUUUGGUUCCAUUACAAAAGAGUCUCCUGUGAUUAAGGCAGUAUAUGGUACUCUUUUUGAAGCUGAGCAUAGAUCCACUUUCUACAUUCCGUACUGGAAAAUUCCUCUGGCAAGGUGGGUUGUCCCUAGGCAACGGAAGUUCCAGUAUGACCUUAAAAUAAUUAAUGACUGUCUUGAUGGACUCAUCAGAAAUGCAAAAGAGAGCAGAGAGGUUCGAAAUUUAAUCCAUAAAUGAGCAUCACUCUAAUAUUUAUUCAUUUUUAUAGAAUUCUUUUCCCAACUUCAUUUUCUAUCAGUUUCUUAUUCGUUGUUGAUUUUACUUAACGAAAACCAUGCUUAUAUCUUAAUGAGUUUGACUUUUCUAAUUGUUUUCAAAUAACCAUUGUUUGGAGAAUAUUAUGAGAGUGUUGCUUUAUCUUUCUUGUGCUAUGUGUAUGAGAAAAUUAGGAUUGAUCACAAAAUUAUGGCAGGAGUUUUCACUCAGCCCUGAAGUUUUCCUUCUAGUGCAAAUACAAGCAGUGGAUUAUUUUUCCUAAUGUCUCGAGAAUAGGAAAGUAACACUCAUAAAACAAAAUUCUUAUAGGGAUCUCAUGCAUUGGGCCUUUAGAACUCACAAUGACUGAAAUUUUAAAGUGAAGUUGGUUGACAUUGAAAACAUAGAAUGUUCAUCAUACUGGGCAAAAUCAUGUGUUAUGUCUACUGUGAAGAUUAAGGUUCUGUUGAUACUUUUGUUAUUUGUCUUUUGUUUUCAAUUCAUAUUUUAUCUUUUACUUUUUGCUUUCUAUUCAUUUUUGUAAAAAGGCCACAUAGCAAAAGCAUCAAUUAAACGGAGCCUAAAUAAGUUGAAAAUUAACUUUAAGCAACUUUGUUUGAUGUAAUUUCUGUGACACAAAACAGUCUCAAAGAAUAUGAUCCUUUUCAUUACUAGAAAGAAAAUGAAAGUGUAGCACAGAGUAACCUCAAGUCCCACCUGAAAGCCAGGUACAAUAAAUUCAAGUUGAUGGGUCACCCUCAGCUUUUUUUU